UGUUUUUACAUGUGCCUGCGUGUUUUUACAUGUUCCUGUGGUCAUGUCUUCAUGUGUCUCUGCAGCUGAACUCAGUCACAGUCCAUCAAACUCCCCGGCUGCUGCUCACACAGAUUCAAGUCGUCUGAAUGAAACUCUGCAGGAAAAUGAAACUUUUUCCGGACAGUUUGGAUUCAGCGAGCUGUCGGGGGUCCGUCCCUUCAGUCCAGAGCAGGAGCUGGAGUCCAGGAUCAUCGGGGGGCAGGAGGCCUGGGCUCACUCGUGGCCCUGGCAGGUCUCUCUGCGCUUCGCCUCCAUGCCGGCCUGCGGAGGGGCUGUCAUCGGGCCCCUGUGGAUCCUCUCUGCCGCUCACUGCUUCAAGAGGUACAACAAAGCGUCCUUCUGGACGGUGCUGGCUGGAAAACACGACCUGGACAAUCCUGAAGAACCUGGACAGCAGUUGGUGGGCGUCGCCAUGAUCAUCAACCAUCACGGCUACAACACGCGCACCAAAGAGCGAGACAUGGCGCUGCUGAAGCUACAGCACCCGCUUGUCUUCAACCGCUUCGUCCGACCCAUCGACGUCUGGAUGACCCCGCUGCCGCUCCACAGGAAGUGCACUAUCACCGGCUGGGGCUCCACCCGAGAGAACGGAGCUCGAGUGAACAGACUGCAGGAGGUGAACGUCACCUUGCUGCCCCCUGACGUCUGUAACCAGUACUACCGCGGCAGGAUGAGACCCUCCAUGUUCUGCGCCGGCAGGGAGGAAGGAGGAGCCGACGCCUGCCAGGGCGACUCUGGUGGUCCUCUGUCCUGCUUCACGGGAAGCAGGUACGAGCUGGCAGGUCUGGUGAGCUGGGGGGUUGGCUGUGGACGAGCCAGACGACCGGGAGUCUACACAAAGGUCCAGCAGCACACCCAGUGGAUGUCCGAUGUCAUGAGUGAUCCAGGUGUCCUGAACGCGGACGACGUUAUAGAAGAGGACAGGUGUGGGACGCAGCAGAGCUCCAGCUGUCACAAGGCUCCAUGCCUCGCUGAGCUCUUUGUUUCCCUGGAUGGCGAGGUGUCUGUGGGGAACCUGACCGAGUCCUGCCCCUUCUUCUGGCCCUGGCAGGUCAGCCUGCAGGCCAAUGGACGCCACUACUGCAGUGGAGCGCUCAUCCACCGCCGCUGGGUCCUCACGGCACAACACUGCAACGUCAGAGCUAAAGAGGACCUGGCUGUUCUGGGAGUUCACGACCUCCGCUUCUCAUCGUCUCAGACCAUCCCAGUGGACGAGGUCUUCAACCUGCCGCAGGACAGCAGCUUCCCCCCAAAAUCGGACCUGUCACUGCUCCGCCUCAGCGUGCCCGCCCGAUUCAGCUCUGAUGCGUCUCCAGUCUGUGUCCCUGAUGAGGAUGAGGAGCUCGAUGACAGCUGGUCUUGUGUCACGGCAGGGUGGGGAGCCUCCAAAGCAGCAG